CGCUUCGUUACCAACAUCAAUAUUAUUACCACAGGACACUCAAUGGGACUUACCGGUCGUUUCAGCCAUUCCGACAGUGCGUCACUGCGCCCUCACGUCUCCAACCACUACCUUCACUUUCACGACGAACGAUGUCUUCUUCCUCUGGAAACACUUGAAAACACGCCUGCCUACUAGCGGGCCAGCGUAUGACUUUGAACAACUCAAAGGGAAGGUUGUCUUGAUUGUCAAUGUUGCAUCGAAGUGUGGUUUCACUCCCCAAUACAAAGCGUCUUUCCAGAGAGCCAGCUCCCAUCGAGUGGGAGCGCCUCAGAGUGAACGCAUCAAGAGUGCGCCGGCUUGUUAGCAUCGAUGGCUUCACUGACGCACAGAAGCUACCUCGCGGUCCAGUGCUUAGGCGGCGCACAGAUGGCAUUGGUAGUGCCCUGGAUCUAUUUUGCCCUAUCCUGCGCCCAGAUGUCAUUGGUCAUGUCCUGAAGAGGCUGUUCGAGCAGUUCCCCCCUACCACACUCUUCCCGAACCUUUGCGAAUUGCAUUUCGAGGCCGUGUUUGGUCUUCUGGAGCGUAAGUCAAAAUUCUGGCUGCUUUGCCAGAUCAUUUCGCUUGGAUUGCAAGCGCUCCGGUUUGAUGUAACUGGCAUCCCAACACAUGAGGUAGAGCAAUUGUUUGCUGCUCUGCCCACCGAAGCACAUGGUCUGCGCCAAUUGUCAGUAUCGGCAGGCAAUGGUACCACGGCUUUGACAGUCCCCCCGAGUCUCGGAAAGCUUCCAAAGUUGAUGAGACUGGCCAUUUUUGGAAUCGAUGGGGCCUUGACGAGGCAGACGAUCACCAAUAUCCAACAAGCACGGUAUCUUCAGACCCUCAAGCUCAAUUUGUGCGGAACCUCCUGCGAUGCGAGUGGUAUACCCCUUGAAUUGCCUAGUCUCGAAACCCUCUAUCUCUCUAGGGGUUCCUUGUCACAGUGCACGCACUUCGUUCGUCAAGUCACCACCCGACAACUAUCACACAUCAAUAUCAGCUAUCGCGGAUCUGCUAGCCCGCCCGAAGUCACCGCAUUCGUGGAAUCCUUAUCAACGUCGUGUCAAACUCUUGAACAUUUGGAACGGAUCUACGUGGUCGACACAUCAGAACAUCCUGAUUAUCUGCUCGUCAUCCCAAUCCACUCCGAAAGCUUCCGACCCUUGUUCAAGUUCAAGAGGCUGUCGUCUGUCAAAUUCAUUGGCAUUGGAAAUUUCGAACUUGACGAUAGGUUUCUCAAUGAUAUCCCAGUUGUCUGGCCGAGCAUUCAGGAAUUGAAGCUCAUAUCCUGGAAGAGACGGGCCUUUUAUAGCGUCACCUUCACCGCCAUGAUGUCACUGGCGUCAAGGUGCAGAUCGCUGCGUACCCUACAUCUGACGGUGGAUGCUACGCAAUCGACAACAAUUCCUCGAGCACCGGACGGGACCGAGGAGCUUUGGCCUAUGCACACCACCCUUCGCAACCUGCAUCUUGGGUACUCCCGGUGUCGGAAGUUGCACGCGUACCAUAUUUUCUAGCCGAGGUAUUUCCAACUCUAUGGGGUUUCAAAUUUUACGAGCGUUAUUUGAGGAAUUGCGCUGCCGAUAUUGAUUUGCGAUUAGCAUUGGAGGAAGCACAUUCACAACUAAUGGCGCUUCGGAACUCCCCUUACGACAAUUCGGAUAAGCUAUGGGAGACCGAUUCAGACGACAGUGGGACGUGAGAAGCGUAGGAGUGGAUGUUCCAUUGUAACGCUUGUAUCUAGACUAGAGUGAUAUAGCUGCUGUGUACGUCUAUUCCAUCAUGCUUGUAUUCCUGGUAUUGGUAUACUAUGUCUGACAGCAGCAACACUGUGAC